AUGUUUUUGGAAACGGUCGAUCCUAUCACUGGAAAACAGACAUGGAAAGUUGCGGAUGAGGACUAUGAUAUUGCUCAAGAAAUUGCUCGUAGUGGAUUUGGAGAUAUGAUUCAUGAUUUUGAAAGAAACCAGAAGUAUGAACUUGCACUAAAAUCAGUAAUUGGUGAGCUUAAAAAAACGAAGGAGAAAGUACAUGUAAUUGACAUUGGUGCUGGUACUGGUUUAUUGUCAAUGAUGGCUAUGCGAGCCGGUGCUGACAGUGUGACAGCUUUGGAAAUGUUGGAGCCAAUAGCGAAGUGCGCGGAGGAAAUUGUCCAAAAAAAUGGCUACAGUGGACAAAUACGUUUGAUUGCAUCGCGAUCAACGGAGCUGACGGAUGAACAAAUUAGUACUAUUGAAAAAGGAGAUGUAGUCGUCGCUGAAGUAUUUGAUACUGAAUUAAUUGGUGAAGGUGCUUUACGAACUUUCAAAGAAGCACACCAAAAAUUAGUGAAGCCCGGUUGUAGAGUAAUCCCAGCGUCAGCAAAGGUUUUGUUAGUUCCCGUACAAAGUGAUUUUCUUAUGCGUUUUCAUCGGCUUCCGUUUCGGCACUUCAAAGUCCCAGAAGUUUGUAAAAGAUGUCCCGGUGCCGGAGCCAUACAUGAUAUCCACAUUUCGGAAGUGCCAAAAGAAGAAAUUUGCGCACUUGCAGAACCAUUUGUGGCUUUCAGUUUCAAUUUUGAAGAUGGUUGUUCCAUUAAUUAUAACGAAACAAAUGUCAGAACAUUUGAUGCUCAAUUAGAUGGCACUUUUGAAGCAAUUUUAAUGUGGUGGGAACUUGAUAUGGAUGGUACGGGACAGAAUAUAUUAAGUACCACUCCAAAAUGGUGGAACAAAGAAGCGAAGUGGCGAGACCAUUGGGUGCAAGGUGUUUAUUACCUUGCUCAAAGUAUUCAGGUUCGAAAAAACGAAACAGUUUCACUUCGUUGUUGUCAUGAUGAAUUCUCUUUCUGGUUUGCUCUACCUCAAGAUGAAUCCGAUACCUUUGAACCCAAUUUUUGUCGAUGUAAAGUGCAUGUUGCUUGCUCACGGAAUGCAAUUCAUCGCUUAAAUGAACUUGAUGAGGAUGUUGCUUUUGAUCAUUUCUUGAAAGAGAAUUUUACAGGAAAAUCGGUAGCUCUUCUUGAUAACGCGUCGCUUAUGAGUUUGUUGCUUGCAAAAUAUGCAAAAGAAGUCCAAAUUGUUGAACCAGAUGACCAUUUUGUAGGAAUCAUUUCGGCUUACAUUGAGGAAAAUCAAAUAAAGAAUAUCCAAGUAUAUGAAGAUCAUGCUUCUGUUUCUUGUCAUGAAGUUGAUGCUAUUGUAUCAGAACCGUUUUAUCAGUUCUCUUUUCUUCCGUGGGACAAUCUGUGCUUCUGGUUUAUGGCACGUAACUUGUUAAAAUCCUUCGAAUCCAGAUAUUGUCCAUUAUCACCAAGGAAAGGCAUCAUGUAUGCAAUGCCAGUCAAAUUCGAUGAGUUGUGGAAAAUAGCAGCCCCAUUCGGUAUCGUGGAAGGCUUCGAUUUGACGCCCUUUGAUGAUGUGAUUAUCAGAGCUCGAAGUGCUGUCGAUGCAAUGGUUGAACCCCAUCCGCUAUGGGAAUAUCCUUCGAUCGUAACUGGGGAGUCAGUUGUGCUUGGUCAAUUCGAUUUUAACAAACCUCCGACUCAUACAUCCUUUAAGACAAAAAUUGCUCCUUCCAUGAUUGGUACAAAUGCUAUCAUUUUCUGGAUGGAUUGGCUGCAUGACGGUUAUCGAUUAACUAGCGGACUUUUAAACAAUCCUGUAAUAGGCGGACGACCAAAGUGGUCUAUUUCGCAUCGACAAGGCGUUCAUUUUCUUCCGGAAGCAGAAAGAUGUCUACCAUCCUGUUCUUCCAUCGAUAUUAAAGUUAACUUUUGUCCUAAUGUGCAGUCUAAUGCGCAGUUUUUAUUCCAUUUUCAGUAUGAAACUUCGUGA